GGUUCCUCCGUCGCCUCGCCACGCCACCUAGCUUUGACCCGUCUGUUUCUAUGGGCGCCCGCCCGCCCAACCGAUCCGAUCUACUACCAGUAAACAAAAUCCACAAAAGAUCUUCCAGAAAUUAAAAAUAGGAAACGGAAGCGCCCCUCUCUUCCAUCCAGCUCCUCCUCCACGCCACCCCGAUUCGAUCACUCCCCGAGCAGAAUCCCCCCGAUUCGAUCGCCGGCGAGGAGAGGAGGGGAGGGGAUGAGGAAGCGGGAGCGGGAGAACCCGUGCGGGAUCUGCGGGCACUACCACAAGUACGAGGAGGGGGAGCCGUGCGGGGUGUGCGGCCACCGCCCGCCGGCGCUGGGGCCCGCCGGGGCGGCGGCGGCGCCGCGGCAGGAGUCGGCGUUCCCCUCGGAGAUACUCAAGGACUUCCUCUUCCUCGGCAGCUACGACAACGCCUCCCGCUCCGAGCUCCUCAAGACCAUCGGCAUCUCCCACAUCCUCAACACUGUACCCUUAUGCCAAAACCUUUACCGGAACUCUUUCACUUACCACUGCCUUCAAGACGACAAGACUUUGCAGUUUGAUGAUGCAAUCCAAUUCCUAGAACAAUGCGAGAGGGAUAAAGCACGAGUGCUAGUCCAUUGCAUGUCAGGGAAAAGUAGGUCAGCUGCAUUUGUAGUAGCCUUCUUGAUGAAGUCCAGAGGCUGGCGACUUGCACAAUGUUUUCAGUGGGUGAAAGAACGGAGGCCACAAGUGCAACUGGCUGAUGCGGCACAGCAGCAGUUGAUUGAGUUUGAGCAGAAGCUUUUCAGUUCCAAUGUUGCUCCCACGGAUUCGUUCCCUUCUCUUGGAUUUGGUUUUCCGAAGCCGUCUGGUGAUGUCCAGGUGCCCAUCUUUAACCAGCAGGCUCCAGGGUCCAUCUUUGAGCGGGUCAGCCCGAAUAACAUCCCGAGUAAUUUCACAUUUGGAGCCACCGAAGCUAAGCUCCCGGAUGGCAGUAACUUCGGUGUGGUCAACUUGGCUGGGACUGAUAGCAUGAUGGACAGCUCCUAGGUUGCUAUUGCAAUGCUAUAAACGGAUCAGCUGCCCAUUUAGUCAGAUUUCUUGGAACAUUUUGGAUUUCUGGAAAGGAAGGUUGCAUUCUUUGUACGAGGCUUCUUACAAUAUGUGCAAGCAUUUUGACCGUUGUGAUGUUCUGCAGUUUAACAUGACGUGCGCGCUUUUAUUCAACUUCGUAGUGUAAUUCAGGUGAACUGAAACUACGCUAGCAGAAAGUUUGAGUAGAAGUAUCAUGUGCCUGUUAAAUUGUACAGAUUCGUGUGUCAAGAAAGUACAGCUCAAAGUCUAUUACAUGUUGCCCUAAACUUAUUUUUUGAUCGCACGGAGAAUGCAUACAUGUAUUUCGUGCGCA